CGCCCCGCCCCGCCCCGUGCGGCCCGCCCCGCACGGCCCGGCCCUACCCUGCCCUGCUCCCUGCCGGCUGCUGCGGGCGCUUCCUAGUCCGCUCGGGCGGCCGCCCAGGCGAGGUGCGGCCUCCGCACAGGCGGGGGGCGUAGGCGCGCGGGGCCCGCCAUGGCUGCGUCGGAGCUCUACACAAAGUUUGCCAGGGUUUGGAUACCUGAUCCAGAGGAAGUCUGGAAGUCAGCAGAGCUGCUCAAAGAUUAUAAGCCAGGAGAUAAAGUCCUCCUGCUUCACCUCGAGGAAGGAAAGGAUUUGGAAUACCAUCUAGAUCCAAACACCAAGGAGCUGCCUCACUUACGAAAUCCUGACAUACUUGUUGGUGAAAAUGACCUCACAGCCCUCAGCUAUCUUCACGAGCCUGCUGUGCUCCAUAAUCUCAGAGUCCGCUUUAUUGAUUCCAAACUUAUUUAUACAUAUUGUGGUAUAGUCCUAGUAGCUAUAAAUCCCUAUGAACAGCUGCCUAUUUAUGGAGAAGAUAUUAUUAAUGCAUACAGUGGUCAGAACAUGGGUGAUAUGGAUCCACAUAUCUUUGCAGUAGCUGAAGAAGCUUACAAGCAAAUGGCCAGAGAUGAACGAAAUCAGUCCAUCAUCGUAAGUGGAGAGUCUGGGGCAGGAAAAACAGUCUCAGCUAAGUAUGCCAUGCGAUACUUUGCAACUGUGAGUGGUUCUGCCAGUGAGGCCAAUGUGGAGGAAAAGGUCUUGGCCUCCAACCCCAUCAUGGAGUCCAUUGGAAAUGCUAAGACAACCAGGAAUGAUAAUAGCAGCCGUUUUGGAAAGUAUAUUGAGAUUGGUUUUGAUAAGAGAUAUCGAAUCAUUGGUGCCAAUAUGAGAACUUAUCUUUUAGAGAAAUCCAGAGUGGUAUUCCAGGCAGAAGAGGAGAGAAACUAUCAUAUCUUCUAUCAGCUUUGUGCCUCAGCAAAGUUACCUGAAUUUAAAAUGCUACGAUUAGGAAAUGCAGAUAAUUUUAAUUACACAAAACAAGGAGGCAGUCCUGUGAUUGAAGGAGUGGAUGAUGCAAAGGAGAUGGCACACACCAGGCAGGCCUGCACUUUGCUAGGAAUUAGUGAAUCUCAUCAAAUGGGAAUUUUCCGAAUACUUGCUGGCAUCCUUCACUUAGGCAAUGUUGGAUUUACAUCCCGAGAUGCAGACAGCUGCACAAUACCUCCCAAGCAUGAACCUCUCUGCAUCUUCUGUGACCUCAUGGGUGUGGACUAUGAGGAGAUGUGUCACUGGCUCUGCCAUCGGAAGCUGGCUACUGCCACAGAGACAUACAUCAAGCCCAUCUCCAAGCUGCAGGCCACAAAUGCCCGCGAUGCUUUGGCCAAGCACAUCUAUGCCAAGCUCUUUAACUGGAUUGUAGAUAAUGUCAAUCAGGCUCUCCAUUCUGCUGUCAAACAGCACUCUUUUAUUGGUGUGCUAGACAUUUAUGGAUUUGAAACAUUUGAGAUAAAUAGUUUUGAACAGUUUUGCAUAAAUUAUGCAAAUGAAAAACUACAGCAACAAUUCAAUAUGCAUGUCUUCAAAUUGGAGCAAGAAGAAUAUAUGAAGGAACAAAUUCCAUGGACACUCAUAGAUUUUUAUGAUAAUCAGCCUUGUAUUAAUCUUAUAGAAUCGAAACUAGGCAUUCUAGAUUUACUGGAUGAGGAAUGCAAGAUGCCUAAAGGCACAGAUGACACCUGGGCCCAAAAAUUGUACAACACACAUUUGAACAAAUGUGCACUCUUUGAAAAGCCUCGUCUAUCAAACAAAGCUUUCAUCAUCCAACAUUUUGCUGACAAAGUGGAAUACCAGUGUGAAGGAUUUCUCGAAAAGAAUAAAGACACCGUUUUUGAAGAACAAAUUAAAGUUCUUAAAUCAAGCAAGUUUAAGAUGCUACCAGAACUAUUUCAAGAUGAUGAGAAGGCCAUCAGUCCAACCUCAGCCACCUCCUCAGGGCGCACACCCCUCACACGCACUCCUGCAAAGCCCACCAAAGGCAGACCAGGCCAAAUGGCCAAAGAACACAAGAAAACAGUGGGGCAUCAGUUCAGAAACUCCCUGCACCUGCUUAUGGAGACACUCAAUGCCACUACCCCUCACUAUGUGCGCUGUAUCAAGCCUAAUGACUUCAAGUUCCCAUUCACGUUUGAUGAGAAGAGGGCAGUGCAGCAGCUGAGAGCGUGUGGUGUCCUGGAAACCAUCCGAAUCAGUGCGGCCGGUUUCCCCUCACGGUGGACUUACCAAGAAUUUUUCAGCCGCUACCGUGUCCUAAUGAAGCAGAAAGAUGUGCUGAGUGACAGAAAGCAAACAUGCAAGAAUGUGUUAGAGAAACUGAUACUGGACAAGGACAAAUACCAGUUUGGUAAGACAAAGAUCUUUUUCCGUGCCGGUCAAGUGGCCUAUCUAGAAAAAUUGAGAGCCGACAAACUGAGGGCUGCCUGCAUCCGGAUCCAGAAGACCAUCCGAGGGUGGCUGCUGAGAAAGAAGUACCUACGCAUGCGGAAGGCAGCCAUCACCGUGCAGAGAUACGUGCGGGGCUACCAGGCCCGAUGCUAUGCUAAGUUUCUGCGCAGAACCAAGGCAGCAACCAUCAUUCAAAAGUACUGGCGCAUGUAUGUGGUCCGCAGGAGGUACAAGAUUAGACGAGCUGCCACUAUCGUUCUUCAGUCUUACUUGCGAGGCUUCUUGGCCAGAAAUAGGUAUCGCAAGAUACUCCGUGAGCACAAAGCAGUCAUCAUUCAGAAGCGAGUCCGGGGCUGGCUGGCCCGCACACACUACAAGAGGAGCAUGCAUGCCAUCAUCUACCUUCAGUGCUGCUUACGGCGGAUGAUGGCCAAGCGUGAGCUAAAGAAGCUCAAAAUCGAGGCUCGCUCAGUGGAGCGCUAUAAGAAGCUGCACAUUGGCAUGGAGAACAAGAUCAUGCAGCUGCAGCGCAAAGUUGAUGAGCAGAACAAAGACUACAAAUGCCUUGUGGAGAAACUAACCAAUCUGGAAGGAAUAUACAACUCUGAGACUGAGAAACUACGAAGUGACUUAGAACGUCUUCAACUAAGUGAAGAGGAAGCGAAAGUUGCCACUGGGCGGGUCCUUAGUCUGCAGGAAGAAAUUGCCAAGCUCCGGAAAGACCUGGAGCAAACUCGUUCGGAGAAAAAAUGCAUUGAGGAACAUGCAGAUCGAUACAAACAAGAAACAGAGCAGCUGGUAUCAAAUCUGAAGGAAGAAAAUACUUUGCUGAAGCAAGAAAAAGAAGCCCUCAAUCACCGCAUCGUGCAGCAGGCUAAGGAGAUGACAGAAACUAUGGAGAAGAAGUUAGUAGAAGAAACAAAACAACUGGAACUCGACCUUAAUGAUGAAAGGCUGAGAUAUCAGAACCUUCUGAAUGAGUUCAGUCGCCUGGAAGAAAGAUAUGAUGACCUCAAGGAAGAGAUGACCCUUAUGGUGCAUGUGCCUAAGCCUGGACACAAGAGAACAGACUCCACCCACAGCAGCAACGAGUCUGAAUAUACCUUUAGCUCUGAAAUUGCAGAAAUGGAAGACAUUCCAUCGAGGACAGAGGAACCAAGUGAGAAGAAGGUACCUCUGGACAUGUCAUUGUUCCUUAAGCUCCAGAAGCGGGUCACAGAGCUGGAGCAGGAGAAGCAAGUGAUGCAGGAUGAGCUGGACCGCAAGGAGGAGCAGGUGCUCCGCAGCAAGGCCAAGGAAGAAGAAAGACCACAAAUUAGAGGUGCAGAACUGGAAUAUGAGUCACUCAAGCGUCAAGAACUAGAAUCAGAAAACAAAAAACUGAAGAAUGAGCUAAAUGAGUUGCGCAAGGCCCUCAGUGAGAAAAGUGCCCCAGAGGUGACCGCCCCAGGUGCACCUGCCUACCGUGUCCUCAUGGAGCAGCUGACCUCUGUGAGCGAAGAGCUUGAUGUCCGCAAGGAGGAAGUCCUCAUCUUAAGGUCUCAACUGGUGAGCCAGAAAGAGGCCAUCCAACCCAAGAAUACAAUGACAGAUUCCACAAUACUUUUGGAAGAUGUACAAAAAAUGAAAGAUAAAGGUGAAAUAGCACAAGCAUACAUUGGUUUGAAAGAAACAAACAGAUCAUCUGCUCUGGAUUACCAUAAGUUGAAUGAGGAUGGAGAGCUGUGGCUGGUUUAUGAAGGGUUAAAACAAGCCAACAGGCUCCUGGAAUCCCAGCUCCAGUCACAGAAGAGGAGCCAUGAGAAUGAGGCCGAGGCCCUCCGUGGGGAGAUCCAGAGCCUGAAGGAGGAGAACAACCGACAGCAGCAGCUGCUGGCCCAGAACCUGCAGCUGCCCCCAGAGGCCCGCAUUGAGGCCAGCCUGCAACACGAGAUCACCCGGCUGACCAACGAAAACUUGUAUUUUGAGGAAUUAUAUGCAGAUGACCCUAAGAAGUAUCAGUCAUAUCGGAUUUCCCUUUACAAACGGAUGAUUGAUUUGAUGGAACAACUUGAAAAACAGGAUAAGACGGUCCGUAAACUGAAAAAACAACUGAAAGUAUUUGCGAAAAAAAUUGGUGAACUAGAAGUGGGCCAGAUGGAGAACAUAUCCCCAGGACAGAUCAUUGAUGAACCCAUCCGACCAGUCAACAUUCCCAGGAAAGAAAAGGAUUUCCAAGGGAUGCUGGAAUACAAGAAGGAGGAUGAGCAAAAACUUGUUAAGAACCUGAUUCUGGAACUGAAGCCACGUGGUGUAGCAGUCAAUUUGAUUCCAGGAUUACCGGCAUAUAUCCUGUUUAUGUGUGUUCGACAUGCUGACUACCUGAAUGAUGAUCAGAAAGUAAGGUCGUUGCUAACAUCAACAAUUAACAGCAUCAAAAAAGUAUUGAAGAAAAGGGGUGAUGAUUUUGAAACCGUCUCCUUCUGGCUCUCUAACACAUGCCGAUUUUUGCACUGCUUGAAACAGUACAGUGGAGAAGAGGGCUUUAUGAAGCACAACACAUCUCGCCAGAAUGAACACUGUCUCACCAAUUUUGACCUGGCUGAGUAUCGGCAGGUGCUGAGUGACUUGGCCAUUCAGAUCUACCAGCAGCUCGUGCGGGUGUUAGAGAACAUCCUUCAGCCAAUGAUUGUUUCAGGCAUGCUGGAACAUGAAACGAUUCAGGGCGUGUCUGGGGUGAAGCCCACAGGGUUGAGAAAGCGAACCUCCAGUAUCGCCGAUGAGGGCACCUACACACUGGACUCCAUCCUCCGGCAGCUCAACUCCUUCCACUCGGUCAUGUGUCAGCAUGGCAUGGACCCUGAACUGAUCAAGCAGGUGGUCAAGCAGAUGUUCUAUAUCAUAGGGGCCAUCACCCUCAACAACCUCCUCCUGCGGAAGGACAUGUGCUCCUGGAGUAAAGGCAUGCAGAUCAGGUACAAUGUCAGUCAACUGGAAGAAUGGCUGCGUGACAAGAAUCUGAUGAAUAGCGGGGCUAAAGAAACCCUGGAACCUCUCAUUCAGGCUGCUCAACUUUUGCAAGUGAAAAAGAAAACAGAUGAUGAUGCAGAAGCCAUUUGUUCUAUGUGCAAUGCUUUAACUACUGCCCAGAUUGUGAAAGUGUUGAAUUUGUAUACUCCAGUUAAUGAGUUUGAAGAAAGAGUCUCUGUGUCGUUCAUUCGUACUAUACAGAUGCGUUUACGAGACAGGAAAGACUCUCCCCAGCUGCUCAUGGAUGCUAAACACAUCUUUCCUGUCACCUUUCCUUUCAACCCAUCUUCCCUCGCGCUAGAAACCAUCCAGAUUCCAGCCAGCCUCGGCCUGGGCUUCAUUUCACGGGUCUGAAAGUGAUGUCCAGGCAAACAUUGACAAUACAUUUCUUGCCCGAAAUAAGAACCCAUUAUUUCCAGUGAGCUACUGAAAAUACAUUUUUAAAGAGAAAGUACUGAUUAUCUCCCAAAUGAGAAGUCAUUAACUGGAAAUCUCCCUAGAAUACUUUAAUCGCUUUGGAAACAAAGAUAGGCUCUUUCGUGCUGUGUUAUCUUUAUAGCAACACUCAUCCUUAACCAACUAGGUACCAUGAGUUUACAUACAGGAGAAUGAUGGAAGGAAGGGAGGAAGGAAACGAGGAGAAAAAUGUGUCUUCAGCUGGCAGCAUUUAUUUUAAAUCCUUAGCACUGCGUUUGAAUGGUAUAAAAAGUAUAACUUCCAUAGAUGAGCUGUUGUUAGGAAGGCCCCAAAGAACCUCCUCUGCACUAAACAGGAGAAUGGAAAGAAAAGUCUCCAUUGAGUACAUAUCAUGUCAGUUUAGGAAUCAAUUAUGUCGAUAUUGUUAAACUGGUUCAAAGAAAUAAACUGGCAAUAUGUAAAGUAAUUCCUCAUUUGUGUCACUAUUAUAUAGAGAUAUUAAAGGAAUGUUGGUUUGCUAAAUAGUAUAGAUGUCCAUUUGUACUGUAGUUUACUGAGCAUUUUAAAUUGCUGCUACAUACUGUCUUCUUAAAAUGUAAGUGAUAUUCUUAUUAGGCACUACAACAAUAAGUUUCUCUUAUCAACUCUGUUUACAAUUCAAUCAGAUCACAGUUUUAACUGGAUUAUAUGCAAAUACCUAUAGAUUCACCUGCACAAGUAGCAGACAUUGGAAAGUCAUGUAGUAAUAUGACAAAAUGCUUGACAUUUAGGGGUAGGAUUAGACAAAGUGGCUAUUGUUGAUGUCAUUAUUUAUUCAGGAUGUAUUACAUUGAUGUGCUCAUUAAUUUUCCCUGGGUGGAUAUUGCAUCAGGGUACAGUGUUCUGUGAAGUGACUUAUUUUUAACUACCAGAUCUGAUUCCUUCAGUGCAUAUUUUCAACCUCGACAGGUUUUCUCUCUUCUUAAUUUAUUAAGAAUUAAUCUCGGCUGGGCGCGGUGGCUCACGCCUGUAAUCCCAGCACUUUGGGAAGCCAAGGUAGGCGGAUCACUUGAGGUCAGGAGUUGAAGACCAGCCUGGCCAACAGGGCGAAACCCUGUCUCUACUAAAAAUACAAAAAUUAGCUGGGCGUGGUGGCACAUGCCUGUAAUCCCAGCUACUUGGGAGGCUGAGGCACGAGAAUCGAUUGAACCUGGGAGACGGAGAUUGCAAUGAGAUCGAACCACUGCACUCCAGCCUGGGUGACAGAGAGAGACACUGCCUUGGAAAAAAAAAGAAUCUCACUCACUGUCUAGAAAGGAUUGUCAGAAUAUUCAUGAUUCAGGUCUUGAAACUUCAAUUAUGCAAAAGAAGGUAUAUAACAAAUAUUUCAUUAUGAUUCAGUUUUUAAGGCUUUGCAACUUCUAUAAGUGUUCUCAGAUGCCACUAGAUAAUUUUAAAAGCAUCAUAUUAGAAAUACUUUAAGAAGACUUAUAUAAGAAAUAGAAGAUUGUUGAAUUUUAGAGGAUUUGGUUCAUUAAGACCCAGAUUCUGUAAGUUUUCAUUCUGAAAUUCUAGUUAAACAUAUUCACCAUUUUUCUUAGGAAUCUUAUACAAUAAAUCCUUCAGGUUGCACAAAAGUAAAUUAUUAGUUUUCAUUAGAAACUCUGGUUCUGAAUUACAAUCAUAGAUUAUAUAAUUUAACUGUUAGAUGGUCUAUAAAAAUGACAAAUCUUAUUAAAAUAUGUGCAAUAUUUAUAGAAGUCAAACAGCUUCAUAUCAGUGACAAAGAUUGUUAUUAAAAGAUAAAUACUGUCUGUUAAUUUACAUGGGCCUCAAGUUCCUUGUUUAUAAAAUAAGAGAGUUGGACACUGAUUCUUAACGUCUCCUCCACAUUUAAAAUUCUCUCUUCUCAGCCUUAGAUUCUAGAGAAAAAAAGCUGCAGUUACUCAGUAAGUCCAUUCUCUGAUGGAAAAACCAGUGUGUAGUGCCUGUCAAUUCCUUAGGAUUAAUCAAAUGUAAAAUCACAAGUUUGUGUAGCUGUAACCUUUCUUAAAUGUAUAUGAUUUAUGUACAUGCUUUUAGAAGGUCCUACUAUAUUUGUGUUAUAAUUAGUUUAAGUAAUUUUUAUUACAUCAUGUAUUGCUUUAUUCAGUUUGAAUACAUUUAUUUAUUUAUUUGCAAUAUCAACCAGAAACACUACCAAUUGCAUCAAAUUCUCCCAGUUUUUCCUGGUUGUCAAUGCGGUUUUCAAUGCACAAUUAAGUCGUAGCCAUUUGGUUCGUGCCAAAUGUGUCAGAAUCUAACAGCAUCCGAUAGGCUGUAAGUUGGGGAGUUGCUAAGAAAAUGCAACGUGGUACAGGCUGUCCACCUCAGCCCUGGAAAUCUCCCAGACCUCCCCCAGCUUCAUCCUGUGUAGCACGACUCACGUGCACUCUGAAUCUUCUCAGGUCUUCCAGGUCAUGCUGUAGCUGUCACUGCCAUGCAGCUUUUUUUUACUCCAGACAGCUCAUGUACUGAAGCGUCAUGAAAGAAAGGCUGUGGUCUGAGCCUUUCUCUCCCAUCUCCUGUCUUUCUCCUGUCAAGUGCUGGAGCCAGAGCUCCUACAGCCGUCUUUGGUGGUUUCUCCUGUUCAGGGAUGGUGGCACAAAGGUUCUGCUAUUCCAGGGCUCCAGCUUCCUCCCAGGUCUACCCAGAGCCCCAGAUGGGGGUCUGAAUUAACCUUUCUUGGUGGCCUGGAGAUUUUUAGUCAUUCACAAGAAUACCUUGUAACCAGGGAACCCCAAGGCCCAGUAAAUGAUUCUGUAUACCAUUUUCUUGAAGGUACAAGAAGAUUCUGCCGACUAUGGGGAUCUUUGGGCCAGUUUGAGGAUUGCUUUCCCUCUGAGGUUCUUUCUUUCUGUCAGCCACACUUUCUCACCCAACUUCAGACACACCCUGCCAGGCUUUUCCCUACUCAUUCACUCUUCCCCUUCCCUGAACUUAAUCGUCUAUCCCGUUGCCUGCUCUUUGACUGUGCACUGAAGGCAGGUGGAUGGAGUCAGUCCUCAGUUGCCCCUGCUGGCCUUCCUGGUGCUUACCAUCAGCCCAAUCUUUGCACAGUCCUUGUUGUUCUUACUUCUCUGCAAUAUAUUCCUUCAGAAGAUCAGUCAUUGACUUUUUCUUAAUUCCUCUGUGACACACAAUGGGAAUUCAAAGGAAGAGAUCUUAAAAGUCACAACAGUUCUUUAUCUCAAUAAUCCCCUCCCCAUUCACCUUACUACAUGCAGACUCACCUCACACCCUUACAACUUGAAGCUGAAAAUUUAAAAGUAAUUUCCCUUUUUGCAGCUUUUCCUCAGGUUAAGGCUUUGAUCUGCCUGAGAGUAACUCUAAAAGGAGGGAAGAUAAAUAUGGGAUAAAAUCCACAAAGUGUAGCUUCUAAUUCAUUUGGAAGUUUAAAAAAUUUCCACGUAUCUGAUGCUUCUUUUGUCAGGUGCAGAAGCACAAAAACAUAUUCCAAAGCCAACUGAUAGGAAAUUUGGGGAUUAUUGUCAGUUUGGAGGAUUUGCUGUGUUAUUUCUUCAUUUCCAUGGAUAGCUUAUAGUUGGCUCUUUCUGGGUGAGUAAUUAUGUGUAAUAUAGAUCAAAUCUUUUAGUAAGGUUACAGCUACAUGUUAGGGGAGGCUAUGAAAAUACUAUAUUAUUAUAAUUUCAGUGCAGUGAUUGUUGUGAGAAAUUACUUUCAUGGUAACCCUAGGAAAAUAGGCACCUGCCACCAUCCUGAGAAGUCCUCACACAAUGCUCUUUCUCUCUUACACACACACACACACACACACACACACACCCGUCACUAAUUCAGAGUUCCUUAGCAGGCAUAGUCGAGGAUCCUCUGGGUAAUGUCAGCUGCUUAUGAUAAAACAGAGCCAAAACUAGUGCAUCCUGUUGAAAGUAAUGCAGAAACAGUACCUGGGUCCAGAUAUGCUUUCCUGCGGCGCUUUCCUCUGUUACCUCAUUUCAUCCUCACAGCAGCAUGGACGGUGGGUGGGGUCGCUUCUACAAUCAUUUCUGAUGAUAGCUUGGGAAUAAAGAUGGGGCAGUGACUUGCCUGAUGUCACACAGCCCUCCGGCUGUCCCGCUUUCCCAUAUGGAGCAGUGGUGGUGUGGGCACCUGUGAGGCAGGAGACUUUAAAAACGUCGUGAGGUCACAUGCUGCCCCUCCUGGUACAUGUGGAAUGCCCCUGGCCAGCAAGGGGUGCUUUUUUAUCAGAGUUGGCAGCUGGCAUGUGGGAACCAAGCAAGUGCUGAGUACCAAGUUACUUGUUUUAAGGAGACCAAGUGCUCCGCGCCAGGUGGUUUUCUUUUUUGUCAUAGUUACUUGCUAUAACUACGCCUGACUUCUGUCAUGAAUCAGUGCUCUCUGGGAGGGUGCAAUACUCUGUUUGGGCAUUAAUUGGUAGCAGGUUGUCUCAACCAAAAAGACAGGAAACAGCAAAAGCCUCUCUGAAAUUAAGAGGAAAGUUACUCUCCACACACCCAUCAGAGUCUCUAUUGGAGCCACCAGGUGAGCUGUGCAGCCUGAACAGGCCUGCAGCUAUAGGCCACCUUCCCAGUUUAGGUCCUCAGCUCAGGGGAGCCCAAGCCACUGGGUACCUUCUGAGGGCUGUCACUGGGCAGGCCAUAUACAAGUCAGUGUGUGCGUGGGCACUGCAGUGUGUGCAUGUCAUAGGUGUUGACGGGUGCUAGGAGGGGUGUCGUGUGCAUGCGCGUUGAAGAGGGUCUGUAUUGCCGUGACCUCUGUUCAUGGAUGAGUGCAUUGUAAUUUGUUCUCAGGCUGUGCUGUGAGGGCCGCCUUAACCCUUGCUCCCUUCCCUUCUAGAGCUGCCUUAAGUUCUCCAGAACUUUUCUUCUGUAAAGGAUAUCUUGCCUGGAAGGGAUAUCUUGCCCUGUUUCUCAAGGUUUUGUGAGAGUUUUGAUUGGGUGUGGCCCUGCAUGACCCUCCUUCUCCUGUACUUCCUCUUUCCUUUCCAAAUGGGAAUUAGAACUGUGGGGCAGCAACAGUCUCAGAGCCAGUGAGAGGCCAGCUUAGAGAAUGCUUCUGAGUUAGUGGGACUCUGUGUCACAAGUAAGCAAAUGAAUAUAUGAAAGAAAUUAUAGAGAUAAGUUAGAUUCUUGGUAAUACUUAAAUGUCUUUCUACUAACCUUUUGUUACUAAAGGUAAAGGGUAUGACUCAAACAUUUUGUGGACAUUCUUUUCAAAAUUUUUUAAGAACCCUGUACUAUAAAAGGUGGAGUAAAAACAGGAAAGCGUGCUAUAAGUUCAAAUCUGUUGUAUUACCCUAAAUUAGAUAAACCAACCUGAAUUAUAGUAGAUUUCUCAAUAGAUGAGGAACUGAAAAAUACUAUGUAAAAUAUCUUCCAAAAUGUUUUUUAUACUUUUUUUAUUUGUAAUUUGGUCUAUCUAAAAUGUUCAUUAGCUUAACUUAAUGGGUGUUGUUGCAUUCAUAUGACUAACAUUUCCUCAGUAUUGUAAUGCUUGAAAUAUUUGAAAGAAAAAAUGUUUUUUAGUUGAAACUGGUACAUAUAAUUCAGUGCUUGGCAGGUCAGUAUAUUUUUAUGCAUUUUUCAGAGUCAGCAGUUUCAAAUCUUACUGUUAUCAUGUUAUAAAAUUUUAGCCCACAUUUCAGGCUCCGUAAAUCAUUUGAGCCAUUAUUUUUUCCCAACAAAUGGUGAAUUUUUUCUUUAAAUGUGGAUAUAUAUGUUGUAAUUUAUUAUUCCUGGUUAUGUAUUUUUGUGGGAUCCUGCAGUAAAAUUGAGUUUUUUGUGUCUUUGGGAGAUUUAAAUUGCUUUAACAGUGUUGCGCAAAAAUGAGUUCAUGCCAUUUAACAUAUUGUAUUUUAAUUAUUAACUUUAUUAAUUUACUAUGAAAUGGACAUGCCUUAUAACUAAAAUGGAAUUGAACAUUGCAGUUUUCAAAUAUUUUUCCUUGUUGGGUCUGGAAAAGGAAUUCUACUUUGAUCUGCAUAGAAAAUUUUGAUACAAUUUUUUGAAAGUUCUUAGGUGAAACAUUUACCCAUUAAAAAGGAAGCAGAAAUACUGAGACAUGAAAGGCAUUAUCAACUAACUCUAGACUCUAGAACCCAUUCUAGAUAUCUCACGUGCAAUUUUAAAAAAUAAGUUAAUAAUUCAUCUCAUAUCAACAAAAGCCUUUGAAACAUGGGUUUUCACUAGAUAUCACCUAGUGCUAAGAUAAAAACCAAAACAAUAUCAGAAUUACAUUUAUGCUCUAAAUUUGUAGUUGUCCAAUGUUGUGCUUAGUAAAUGUGUGUCAUUAAUGCUGUAUUCUCCUAGCUAUUAUGGAAACUUGUUUAAAUAAAGAUAUGGAUAUAAA